AUGGAUAUAUUAUAUUUUAGGAAUUUCCUUUUAAUUAUCUCCUUUUUUGUGGUAAACAACAAAAUUAAUAUUAAGAAUGAAUUUAUACUAUUGGGAUUUUUUAGUAGCUUUUCUUGGAAAAGUGAAAAUAAUACGAUGGCUGAAUGGGUAUUAAAUAGUAGUAUAAAUAAUCAAAAUAAAAAUAUACGAAUUUUAAAUACCUAUAUUGAGUUGAAUGGCAAUGUGAAUAGUGAUAUUGCAUAUAAAAAUUUGGAUAAAAAUGAAAGUGACACAUCAGGAAAAACUUUAUUUCUUAAUACAAAUUAUUAUAACUACUUGGAUAAAAGUGAAAAGAAAAUGGAUCACGCCAAAGAUGAAAAUAAGGAGAAUCAUGAUUCGAAAUCUGAAAUUGAAAUAAAGGAACUCAUAAAGAAAGAAAUCGAGAAAAAUAACAAAAAAGAGGAAGAAUACAUAAAAAAAGAAAUCGAAAAAAGUAUCAAAAAAGAAAGAGACAACGAAAUACGCGAAGAAAUCGAUGAUGAACAAGAUUAUGAACAAGGUGAAGAAAAAGAUGGAGAAAAAGACAAGCCUAAGGAAAAAAAAAUAAAAAAACUAAUACAUCAUGAAAUUAGGAAAAUUAAUGAAAAAAUUGAAAAAAAUGUACAAGAAAGCGAACAAGAAAAGAACCCUGGUGAAAUAAAAAAAAAUAAAACAAUAGCAAUUGAAAUAAAAAAUGAAAACAGAGAUCCUAAAAUUAAAUGCUCAAAUAAAUUAAAUUAUAUAGAAUUAGAAUAUUCAAAUAUAGAUAAAAAAUUAAUAAGCGAAAAAUAUAAUAAUGAUGUAAUUUCCUUUAUUAAUAUAAAAACAAAAGAUAAAAUAUAUUUUAGAGAUAAAAUAAAUGAAAAUAUUACAAAAAUUAAAGAUCAUGAUGCAAAUAAAAUAUCAAACAUCGAACAAAUGGAAGUAGAACCAAACAUCAUUAAAAAGGAUCAAAAUGUUACAUAUGAACAAAUUAAAAAUAAAAACAAAAUGCAAGGCAAUGCAAUAUUACACAAUAAUAAUCAUGCUUUUUUGGAUUCAAAAGAAUAUAAUAAUUUUCAUACAUUUUUUAAUAAUAAUUUAAAGAAUAUUAAUAAGCAUACAAAUUCUCAUAAAUAUAACAACAAUUUAAAUGGAAUCACAAAAAGUCAUGAUAUAACUAAAGGCAAUUUUACUAUUUUUAUAACAGAAAAUCAAGAAGAUGAUUCUCUUGUAUUACCCAUAAAUUUUGAACGUCGAAAUUCGGUUUUAAACAUAAGUAAUGACGAAUACACCAAAUUAAUGAAUGAAGGAAGUGUACUUGUAUAUGAUAAAGAUGAAGUUGUUCCAUAUAAAUAUGACGCCUUUGAAGUAAAAAAUGAUAGUGUAAAUGAUAUGAAGGAAAAUAACAAUAACGAUAAUAAUAGUAGUAAUGAUUCUAUAUAUAGAGAUAAAUCCAAUGAUGCAUCAUCACAAAAUAACCCAGAGGAAGAAGAUCAAUUUAAAGGAACUAUUUUAACAUGUGUAACUGUUAUUAUAAUUCUUGCAAUUAUGUUUUUAAUUGGAUUUAUUAUUUAUUAUUAUGAUAUUAUAAAUAAAUUACGUGUAAAAUUCCAAAAGAAAGGAAAAAAUAAUAAAUCAAUGACAAUAAAAAAUGACAAAUCCUCAGGAAUGUAUAUCGAUAAUUACUAUGAUAAUAGUACUCAUGUAUAA